GACAACUACAAUUAUUGUUUUUAAGGCCUAGAUAUCUGGGAACAGAUAAUGGGGCGCUGAAUUUCAGUACAUCUCAUUAUCCAGACUCCCACCAGCCAUGUCCAAAGCGGUUGUCAAAACGACCUUUGAGGCGUCUCGAACGCUUCGUCCCAUUUACACCGGAGGAAGUACCGCAUUAGAUGCCAGUGGCCGUUUGCUGGUGACCUGUGUGGGCGAAGAUGCCCUCAUCGUCGACCUCGAAACCGGCGAUCAGCUUGCGAGUCUUGAAGGAGAUGGCGAAAUCAUUACGAGCUUAGCCAGUCUGUUGCACCCAUGCUGUUUGUAUUUACCUUUUUUGAACCAUGUACUAACUUACUACUAGUCACCCCAUUAGCGACGCACGUUAUUCUUUGCUCGCGAUCAAUGUCGAUGCGGAUAUACUCCUUGACGCCCUAUGAUGAAACUUCACGCACCCUUGAGACGAAGCUGGUCAGGAGCUUGAAACCGCACACAGCACCCGUUGUAACAACUACAACCGAUCCAACGAGUACUCUCUUAGCUACCGGUGCUGCGGACGGCUCCAUCAAGGUCUGGGAUAUCCGGGGCGGUUAUAUUACACAUAGCUUCCAUGGACAUGGAGGCGUUAUCUCAGCUCUCUGCUUCUUCCAAGCACCAGUGCAGGAGAGUGACAGCAAAUCAUCUUCAAAAAAGAAGAAGUCCAAGGGAAAGUCAGGAGAUGCUGAUGGGUUUGAUGACGAGAAUAUGCCAGAUGCAGAUCUAGACGUAGUCAACUCUAUCGGCUCUUUCCGACUAGCCUCUGGCAGCGAAGAGGGCAAAGUGAGAGUGUGGGAUUUGAACAAGAGAAAGUCGAUAGCGUCCCUUGAUUCGCAUGUUUCAGUUGUGCGCGACCUGUCAUACUCACCAAAAGAAAACGCACUCAUUUCCGCUGGCCGGGACAAAACUGUUAUCGUUUGGGAUAUGCGAACAUUUAAGACUCGAAGAGUUAUCCCUGUUCUUGAGAGUGCUGAGGCGGCUACAUUUGUUGCUGAUAGUGGGUUAUGUUUGGUUGGAGGAGAAAAUGGAAAGUUGCGCGUAUGGGAUUGUAAUAGAGGCGGGGAGGUCACAGCAGAGCAGGAGCCUGCCCCCGAAUUUGAGGCGGUGGUUGCGAUCCACUAUUUUGCGGGCAUGUCCUUUGCAAUGACAGUGCAUGCCGACCAAACUCUCAGGCUCCAUUCACUUGAGCCUCUAUGCGAUUUCCAACCUGGGUCCACACUUGAUCCAUUGCCCGUUGUGAGGCGCAUAUCGGGGAACGACGAUGAUAUUAUUGAUCUUGCGUAUGUCGGCCCUGACCGAUCUAUGCUUGCUCUUGCUACCAAUACCGAAAGUAUCCGGGUGGUUUCUGUGGGAGCAUCAGAGGCUCAGAAACAGGAGUAUUUUGGUGCGGAUAUUGCUCAUCUUGAUGGUCAUGACGAUAUUAUCAUCUGCAUUGACGUCGAUUGGUCUGGUCAUUGGCUGGCUACAGGUGCAAAAGAUAACACGGCGCGCCUCUGGCGUCUUGACCCGAAAACAUCGUCGUACACAUGCUUCGCAAUCUUGACGGGUCACGCAGAGUCUCUGGGGGCCAUCAGCUUCCCAAGGGAUUCACCUCCUCAAAACACCCCUGCGUAUAAUGAUCCGUUGAGCCACCCUCCACAAUUCAUAAUCACUGGCUCCCAGGACCGUACCGUCAAACGGUGGAACAUAGGCAAGCUUGGGCCAACGAACGCAGAAACCCCACAUACCCCGAAGGCAAUUUUCACUCGCAAAGCUCAUGACAAGGACAUUAACGCUCUGGAUGUUAGCCCAUCAUCUGCAUUAUUUGCAUCUGCUUCGCAGGAUCGAACCGUGAAGAUCUGGUCUACUGAGGACGGGUCAGUUGUUGGUGUCCUGCGAGGGCACAAGAGAGGCAUUUGGUCGGCUCGCUUUUCCCCUCAAGGCACGCCCAUCCUCAGCGCCGAUGCUAAAAGCAGCACCAACAGGGGCAUGAUUGUAACAGGUUCAGGAGACAAGACCGUCAAGCUUUGGAGCUUAUCCGAUUACAGCUGUCUCCUGACUUUCGAGGGACACACUAACAGCGUGCUGAAAGUGCUUUGGCUUCCUCCUCCAGAUAUGUCGAAUAAAUCAGGCGAGGAGGACGAGGACGAGAUGGCGGUAGACAAGCCCUUUGUACAGCUGCGACCCCUUGUGGCUUCUGCGGCUGCUGAUGGACUGGUGAAAAUUUGGUCACCCUAUACAGGAGAACUAGAAACUACUCUCGAUAACCACACCGAUCGAGUUUGGGCAUUAGCUAGCCCUACACCAUCGGGCUCGCGUGAUGACAUCAAGGGCUCAUCCCUCGCGUCCUCCUCCCCAUAUGCGCUGGCCUCUGGAUCUGCUGACUCAACGGUUACAUUCUGGACGGACACCACUUCUGCAACCUACACUGCAGCAGUCAACGCCAACUCAGUUCGUAUUGAACAAGAUCAGCAGUUGCAGAACUACAUUGUAGCGGGAGCCUAUCGUGAAGCCAUCACACUUGCACUGCAGCUCAAUCACCCAGGUCGACUUCUUUCGCUCUUCAAUGCUGCAAUUGAUGCCGCAGAUGACCCGAACUCGGAUAGUUCCAAUAAGGAAGACCACGCAAACUGCCUGACCGGAAAUCCGUCAAUCGAUAAGGUCCUCCAAACUCUCGACCCUGAGAACUUGUGCACUCUUCUCCUCCGACUACGAGACUGGAACACAAACGCACGCAACUCCAAAGUUGCGCAGCGGAUCUUGUUUGCCUUGUUCCGUUCAUAUCCGGCCUCGACAUUCGUCGAGCUCGCGUCCGCAAGCAUGGCCAAACGUAACGGUGAUGGACGCACAGCAGCAGCCAUGAAGGACAUCCUGCAAGCUCUAUCUGCAUAUACUGAGCGGCAUUAUCGCCGUAUUGAAGAGCUCGAAGACGAGAGUUAUCUGGUCGAAUGGGUUUUAGGAGAGAUGGACGGUGGUGUUGGUAUCAGUGGACUGGCUGCACCCGGCACACAAAAGUCGCUUGACAGCUUUUCUAACGAAUUGCCCGAUCAUGAAAAGGAUGUACUCAUGCUGGAAGCAUGAAGCCGUUUCGAUUAAACUGCCUCAGCGCGGAGACGGGGACAUGUACGACUAGACACCAUUUACGUUUUUCCGGAGUGACAUGAUAUAUACCUUUGGUUUUGUCUGGAGGAGUACAUAUUAUUGCAUUUACAUUAGGGUGUAAAAAAAAGUUUUGUUUCUCUAGCUUAUUAAAUCAUAUCACCCAUCUUGGCAGGUAAAGGCUAUUUAACAUCGA